CUCACAGCACAAGGCAUAAAAUAAAUCCUGCCUCGAUGCGCUGCCUAUUGCCUACUACACUGUUACUAUGACAACGACAUAGCUCAGUCCAUGUGACCUUUCCUCUCUUCUGGAAUUCCUGUUCACUUUAAUAGCUCAGCCAUUGGGUUAUAACUUUACCAUCUGUUCAGUUUUGAUUGGAUGAGAAUACAGCACUGUAAUGCCAGUCACACGCUGAAAGCAGGAAGUGUUCUACUUUGUGAUCCUAGAAGGAAUGUCAAAGGAAAGCAGUGAAACAAACCACAGUUAUAUUCACCGCACAUCUGUUGAACAACUUUUGAAGUGCUACAGCUCAAAUAAAACAUACAGCAGCAGGAAAACAGAUUCUAAGCAUUUGACAGAGCAAAGUGAAAGGGGCAGUGGACCAGUAACAAUCAAUCGCUUGUCUAUAGCACGUCAUGCAGAGCAGCGACUGCGACCCCAGACCUGUUCAGCCUGUAGAACAUAUGUGAACCAGGGAUCAAAAAGCUCCACACAAAAUGCUCCCCCUGUUGCUUCAUUGAUGCCACUUAACCAGCUGAACCACCUCCCCUACUACCCAAGCAGAGCGAAGCAAAAUAAACAGAAAUCAAGACACAAAAGCAAAGUGACAGAAAAGCAAGGGAAGCGCUCCAAGAACCUAAUUUCAUGCAGCUUUAGAGCUGAAAAUCAUGUACAAGAGUCUUCAUCUUCCUGUAUCUCAAGUUCCAAUUCCAGGCUAUCAGGUUCAAUGGAAGCAAAAAUGCGUAGUUUUCCUGCUCUCCCAGCGAGGACAAAAUCGGAACUAUGUAAAAAUGCCAACUCUAUCAGUGUACCCCAGCACACUCAGUCCUGUGACACAGAGCUUAGAGAGUGGAUCGUACUAUUUGGAGGUGAUGAACGUGCGGCAUUCAUGGCACGAGGACUUCAGAAAUUACAACUGGCAUAUGAGCUAGGCAAAGCAGAAGUGAAAAAAGCACAGACUGAAACACAUUGCGAACAGGAAUAGACAUGGAAAGAUGUAAAGCUGUAAAUAAAAUGACAUAACAAUAUUUACAAAAUAUCUUCAAUACUUGAAGGCAAUAUUUUCACUCAAGAGGAUAAAAACUGUUCUAUUCUUAUUUGUGUUCUGCUGCCUUGUGGUCAAAAGCAAACCACCUGGCCCAGGGGCUGGCAACCAUUUAUGAGCACUGUGCCAAAAUAAUACUAUAAUGUGACCAUGUUUGCCUUAUCUUUUGCAUAAAGUUUGAAAAUAAAGAACAAAUAUAUAUUAAUAAUAAAAUAA